GAUCUAUAUAAGAGAGCCUCAUGCUUCCUUUAUUCAUCCAUUUCAUUAUUAAAAAUUCCUUUAGAAUAUCUGUCUGUGAAAAAUGGCACUCUACUCCAUGCGUUUCUUUGCUACUAUAUUACUUCUAGCAAUGCUUCUAAUGGCCACUGAGAUGGGACCAAUGAGAAUUGCAGACGCAAAAACUUGUGAUACACUGAGUGAAAAUUUCAAGGGAAUAUGUUUCAGCAGUACGAAUUGUGCUACCACCUGUCAGAACGAAGACGAAGAAUAUACUGGUGGCCAUUGCCGUGGACUUCAUCGUCGUUGUUUUUGCACUACAGAAUGUGAAUUAUGAGUAUAAUUUAUGAUAUGUACUAAAGAACAAGUUUGAGAGAAUUAAUGUACUCUUGGAUAAA